AUGAGUUCGUUAACAGGACUAAUUCUGGAACACGUCAAAACAAAAACGCCGGUACAAGCCGAUGGUACAUGCCUAAUACACCCAAUUCCGCGUCCAGAUUACUACAUAUUACACGAUCAUGUGGAUUUACGUGAGAAAAUUGGUGGUGGUGCAUUUGGUGACGUGCAUAUUGGCCUCCUAAAGCAUGCUGAUGGCACAGUUUCCGAAGUAGCAAUCAAAAAACUUAAGGGACAAAUGACCAAGAGAGAACGAUCCGGUUUCAUGAAAGUAAAUUUUCCAGGACUUGUGAACUGA